UGACGAGCGCAUUUUAUGCUCACAAGAUUCACGGCGGAACACGACUCCCUCAAAAAUUCACUUUUACCCAUGAAAUAUGCCAAGUAAUGUUCCGAGGAGAGUAACGAUAUUUACAAAAGGCCAUAGAACAGGAGGGAAGGUAUGAUCUUCGUUGCAGCCACUGGCCACUUUAAUUUCUUACCUUCAAUAUUUGGCGCAACUAAUUACGGACUUAAACCUGCUUAAACAAAGCGUAUACUGUUCUCUCAGAAGAGUUGAUUUAGGGAUAUUGCAAUUGCAUGAUUUUAUCGCGAUACAGCGAUUUUAAAAUACUGCUCGCUCUUAUUAAGAUAUCCCUGAACGCCUUGUGCAACAAAGCAUACCAAUGCAACAACAUUUAUUUUACUGAAUUAGGGAACGCGUCCAAAUAUCGGCAUCGGGUCACACCGAUGCCGAUCAAUUAGGCACCGAUUUUUUCCGAUUCCGUUGAAGGUCGGACCCGAUUUUAUCGGCACCGAAUGAAACGGAAUCGGCAACGGGUCUCAAGUCUUUAUCGGGCCAAUUAACAAAGGUCAUCAAAAAUAUCUGGCAGCUCAAGUAACCCGUCACAAAAGCAAAAGCAAAAGCAAAAGCGUGAAUUUUGUUUUUUAUAACCUUAUCUUUCUCAUAAAUGUGUCUUGUUUGAACCGAAAUUUAACGUCACAGUUUCGAACAUUUGUUUGUAUUUCCUAUGACAGAGUAUGACCAGAAAAUAUUAAAUUUGUGUAUCAAAAUGGGCACGAGAAGAAACUGCAGGUCAUUCAACAACGCUGAAGAGCAUCUUUUGAGUGAAAGACGGCGCAAUGUACAUUGCAAGUGUACGAUCUCAAAAUAAUAAUUUUAAAAUAGCUUGAGCCUGUGCUAACCGGAACCCAAAACGCAUGAUUAUAGGAAUCUUUGGAGGAAUAAACAGUUUAGGACUGUAAACGAAAAAAAUAGAAGUCAGAACAUCCACGACCAAAAUGCAAAUGUUGUUACCAUGUUGUGUACUUUAACUGCUAAAUUGCCACAGAAGAGAAGAGGACAUCAUCUGAGAAUCAGGCUGCAACUUGUUUAUUGGUUGCAUAUGAACUCAAAAAAAUGACUGAUGGAGGCGUUCAACUGGUUUUCUCUUUGUCGAUUCUCUUUCCGCUAUUAAAUUGAGUCGAACUUACCGGAUGUAUGCACAGUUUGCUUUAGUUGAACACUCCGGUAAAAAAGGUUCUGAUUUUUGUCAAAAAGUCAGCCACCUAGAGUCAAGUGCAAAUUUUUCUAAGUGCUGAGAGUGGAAAGCAAUUUCACGUGGCACCAUGCUCAAGCUCACAGAACAUACAGCAAAGUCGCUAAGCCAUUCUCUCUUUGGUGGCUCCUGUAUGAAACUUCGUUCCGUGUCUUCCGUGACUCGCGAGUGUGGGAAUCUUUCAGUUCUUGUUGCUAAUUCCUUGGAGACAAUCUAAGGCCGCAAUCUAAUUGGUCAGUAUUUUUUGCCUCAGAUCGCAUUACGCCUUGCGUUUAGGAUCGUUGAAUAAUGAAAGACGCAAAUUUUCGUAAAAGUUUAUCCCGUGGUUUUAUAUUAUCCAUGGUUUUGCUCUCGCUCCGCUCGCUAGGAAACCCGUUGAGGUCUACUUGUAACAAGUCUAUGAAUCCAGUUGCGUUUCGGAAAAGUGAGUUCCGGUUGUGUUUUUGGAUUGCAUUGUUAGAAAGUAUCGAGUAAAGAACACACUACUCAGUAAGGUGUUUUGUUUGCUAUAUAUCAACAAAGAACAGUGGUGUUUUGCUUUGUAAUAUUUAACUCCUUUUAAUUUUCAUAGAAUAAAUGUUAUGGAGCAGCGUGGUGUUUGCGAUCGACUGAAGGAAAUACGUCUGCAAAACGCCGAAAAUCACGUGUAUAGGCAAGCAUCAAAUCAACAAACUCGAAACACAACAUGCAGGAACAUACAAUAUUGCUAUUUGUUAUGGAGUAGGAAAAAGGUACAGUCGAUUGAAAUUAUUUUGGAGUGAAACGACUCUUUCAUUAUUUGGUUUCGUGACACGCUUCAUUUUACAUAUCAGAUAAAAUAGUAUGACGAUCACACAUAUGAACAUCGGAAUGUCAACCGGCUCCGAUUGAAUCGGCAAAGUUUUUAUCGUAAUCGGAAACGGCAACUGGUGCCUAUGGAUCAGUACCGAUUCCGAUCAAUCGGAAAAUUAAUGGGGUCCGUUUCCCAUGAUCGGGUUCCCUACCGAUAUUUGGACGCGUUCCCUUACAUUCCUAUUCAAUGAUGUGGAAAUAAGUGGCUAUACAAUACAUUAAAAUAAGCCGAUAUCGGUCUAUCUCAAGUGAUCACCCCAUUUUAUCAAGAUCUGUCGCAAUAGGAUGCAAACUUUGAAUAUGGAUUGUUUUUUAAGGGGAUGGGGGGUUGAGCUAUGCCUUUAAUACACCCUUAACAUUAUUAGACUUCUGAAAGCUCCAAGACAUGAAAAAAGGUUUACGAAAAUACCAGCGUAAUAUAUAUGUUGUGGUUCAAUUUUAUCCUUGGUUUAAAUUUCAAUUUCUUUUGUUUCAAACUGAUUAUCAUAUAUUACCAUUCCUCAAAACAAAAGGAAAUAAAAUUUAAACCAAGGAUAAAAUUGAGCCACAACAUAUACAUGUAGGUACAUAUUACUAGUGAGUGAACCAAGAGACAUAGAAGUUUAUGUCUGACAUUAUAAUUAAUCUUUAUAAAAUAAGACACUGAAAUGCCAUAGGGCUCCAACUAUAAUAAUUUCAAAGAAAAAAAAGAUUAACCUUUUUAUUUAAAAGAUACAUUAGUUGUAUUCUCAAGAUGUGCUAAUUAGUUUGUGUCUUUUUUUUUUUAUAAGGUGAUUGCUGUCCCAGACACCUUUGAAGAAUUGCUUCUCAAAGCUAAAAACAAACUUGGACUCCAUGGUAAUGCAGUAGUUGCAGUCUAUAAUAAAAGCGGAGGACUGCUUGAAGAUGUUGAGUUGAUCAGGUACAAACAUAUAUCAUCUUUUAUCAAGUGCUGUAUAUAAAUCCAAGUAAAUAAUGUCAGGUACAACAGAGUGGUUUAAAAUAUCGGUCAUAUUUAUCACAUAUCAUCUGUGUAUAGGAUUUUGUUUUCUGUGAUGAAAUGAUUAUUAAUUUUUUUACAUGUACAUGUGCCAUUUUAAUUUUUCAGAGAUGAUGAAGUCCUUUAUGUUUCUUCAGAAGAUCCUACCACAGGUAAGGCUUCAAAGACUGAUACAGCUGAUGCUCCUUUCUUGAUUAAAAUGAACAAAUACAAAAACUGCAACUACGGUUAAAAUAUAACUGCAACAUAGCCUUCUAAUACUUUCAUUAAAUUUUCGUGAAAAAAGCCUGUUACUUGAGAAAUUCAAUGAAAAUAUGUUAUUAGCAUGCAUGUAUAUAGCGUGCACAGUGUUUGAGGUCUAAUUUCACUCACCUCCCAUGAAUACAUUUACACUGAUGUGCAUGUAAAUGUCCCAGGGUGUUCUAUCUAAUACAUGUACAAUUGAGUGGUACUCUUAAGUAUGAUGGAGUAUAUGUAGUAUUAAUAGGGUCUGAAUAAGUGUAUGCCCCCAAACGUCCACUCCUCUAAGACUGAAUACCCAAAAAUUCCCUUUACACCACUAGCUGUAGUUACAAUACUAUUCAAGUCCCAAGAACAAGUGGUGAACCAAAGAUUUGAAAGUAUAAAUUUGUGAAUAAAAUGAACUGUUUAGUAAUUUACAUGUACUCUAGAAAUGAAUAAGAUUGAAAUGCUCUUCACUGGCAAUGUUCAUAUCUUGCCCAAAAAAUCCAACAGUUUGAGCCGUACCCCUCAAAGACAACCUUUCUCAUUUUAAGGAAGUACUGUUUUUCUCCAGACCAAUAUGUCAGAAAAAAAAUUAAGAUGCUGGUAAAAUACCGGUACUCCCAUAGAUUGAGGUACAAUGUAGUACAUGUAAGUUAAAGCAAGGAUUUCCUAUUUUGAUGUCUCAACCCUGAAUUUACAUGAUGCCGUCAGUAUAAUUAGCACUUUCAAAUAUCACUCCUGCUCUGUGGUCUUGUUUGUCAUCAGCUGAACUGACCAAGGAGCUAGUGACUUGCACAAUGAUCCAUUUUAAAUGUAAAUGAGUUAGCAUUUUUAAAUUGAUUAGGCAUUUCCACUGAUAUUUUUCCGUUGCACCCCAUCUUCAUAUCAUUCCUCCAGUAAAUGGCAAUGUUCACGAGGCUGUCAAUGGAGUUAAAUGUAAGUUCUACAGUUAUUUUGCAGUCCUACGGUGUAUAAUGCUAUAAAUAUUUAAAUGUAUAAGAGAGAAGAGAGCUAUUAAAACUCAAUGUGUGGUUUAUAUGGGUAUAGUUGAUAUAGGGGUUGGGGGAGAGGGAGUGGGGGAGGGGAAUACUGCAAAAGUGACAGCGUCUUCAGAGUUUAGAUCUCCAGAGGUUGCCGUUUACAAAACCUUGAUUCAACUAGAUUGGAUCAACCUCUGAAACCCUGUCUGUAAACAUUUGUCUUUUUAAACAAGAUUCAGGUUUAUCUGGUCCAGACCAAUCCAGGUUAUUUUUGUAAAAAAUUGUAAAUUGUAAUUUGUUUACCCACUAGGCUCUUAGGAGUUCUUAUGAACUUGUUUCAACGUGUCUGUGCGUUCCAGAUGGAAUUGGAAUUUAGAAGUGUUAGUUUUUGCGGGGAGGGGAAAACUAGAGUACCAAGAGAAAAACCUCUCGGAGCAAGGGAGAGAACCAACAACAAUCUCAAACAUAUGUAUGGUAGUUAUUAAAAAUUACCUUUUUUAGCAUUCACAGACUGGGUGACACUCAAUGUUGGAGGUCAAAUAUUUACAACCACAAGGUACUGACACAAUAUAUGUUAUAUUAUAGAUAUGACUAAUGCAAAUUUGGUUUAUUUUGAUACAUGUUUUGAACAAGGUGAUGCAUCAAUUCUUUUUUUAUCUCAAUAAAACGUCAAUAUAGGACUGAAAAGUAUUGCCUGUUACACCGGAUUUUAGAAUAACCGGUGUUGAAAGUAAUUUAUCAUUCUAACCUUUUAAUAGCAAUUAAUAGGGAAAAACAGGCAGCUUCAAAUAUUGAAGGGAGCAGGACGAGAAACAUUAAAUUUGUUUCUUUUACUUGGCCUAACCAAACUGUAUGAGGAUAUACAGGCAUUCACUAUGCUAUCAUUUGACUUUAUGGAUGAAUAUUAAAUGAUUAAAAAAAAAAGUAAUGAGAAAGUUGACCUGCAGCAUACUUUUUCAUUCUUUUGUGUGUUGUAGGGCAACAUUAAUGAAUGAGCCAAACAGCAUGUUGGCCAAAAUGUUUUCCCCAGCAGGUCAGUAAAUAACAUCCAUGUUAUCAUAAUCUGGCAAAGUUUGUACGGUGGUUGACCACUCUCUGACAGAAUUUUACAGUCUGAAGUCAACUGUCAGCUGUUGUCAGCUGUUGUUUGAUUCCCAAGAUUUUGGAUUUAGUUCAAAUUUAUCCUCAAUAUUACAGUGUUUCCUAAUAAUAGCUUAUCAUUAUUUGGUUUAACAUUAAUUUAAGGAUAUCAUUAAAGCCCGGGACUAAUUGUCACAAGGGUAUUGAUGUUUUAGGUCAAUUCUGAAUCAAAGUCCCCACAGACGUAGUGCUUUUAACCACACACCAAAUGCUUUUGUAGAGUUUAACAAAUUUCAUAACAAAGCAAUAUCCAUGAUAUUUUUUGGCAAUUGUUGUAGGCAUGGCAUUAGGGGUUUCAAUCCGUUUCCAUCCUUUCCAUGCAUCCAUAGCAACAGACAACGGGAAGAAAUUUAAAUGCCAAAAUAUAGCCUCAAGUAACAUAAGUGGACCACUAUUUUUGGAACUCACUUUCAUAGCAAGACACUUUUUAGAUAAACUUAAGACAACAAAUAGUCUGACAUAGCCCCUUUAAACUGUCAUAAAUCCGGCACCUGAUCAGGCGCGGAUCUAGGAUAAAUGCUGACCGAUUUCCUGAGGUGCAAGCUUCUUUAGAUUUUGACUUCCUGAGGUGCCCUUUUCUUGGGUUUCCAAGUCAUUAAGACAGGAUAUUGGCCAGUUCCAUUCAGCUUGGAUGAAACCUUGCAACUUGGAAAGUUAAUUAUUUAAUCAUCAAAAAUAUAUCUGUUAUUCAAAAUGUGAACAAUUUCUGUAAAACGGUGGAAACUGGUGUGGAUCCACGCCUGCCUGAUAGUUAUAACGAUACCUUCCACUGCGUACUUCAAAAGUUCUUGAAAAACCUCUGGAGUUGUCAUUUUCAUUAUCCACACAGAAUCGUGGAGCAGUAUCACUGAUUCUACAGGAGCUUUUCUAUUUGAUAGAAGCCCAGUGUACUUUGAACCAAUUUUGAAUUAUCUCAGACAUGGACAGCUUAUACUGGAUAAUGGAGCCAAUCCCCAAGGUAACCACAUGCACAUAUUAGGGAGCUUAAGCAAAGACGUUUUUGAGCAACGGACGUCAACCGAAAGUGAGGACUUUUCCCUUGUAAUAUGCUUUGACGCUAUGUAAUUUGUAUUGCUUAGUUUCUUUACUCUUAUAGAGAUGAUUUGACUGAAAAUUUGGGCAAAACCAUCGCCCAAAAAUGAAAAAGGGCAACUUCCGGUUGACGUGCGUCGCUCAAAAACGUCGUUGCUUAAGCUCCCUAAUAUAACAUAAUUAAGGACUCAGAAAUUAAUGAUAUUAAAAUUCUUAACUGUUUAAAAAUUGUUAUAUUGAUGUACUGCAACUUUAUGCUUUUCUCUUAGCGAUUUUGUGGGCGAGAUUUUCUCUAGGCUGACACGAUCUUAAGGGUUCUACAGUCUGUAGUUGCUGUAAGUUUUCAGUAAAAAAUGUCUAAAUUUGUCGCCUCAGCAAAGAAACCCUUUAAUACAUUUCUGGUUGCCCUUGGCGUGGCAAAUUUAUUUACUCUUCCUGUUAAGGUACUUGCCUUUCCAAAAAAGGCUUGGUUCUUCCUUGCUAUACUACUCUAGUAUUGCUCUAUUCAUUCUAAAUGCGCAUUCGAGAUAGUCAUAUGUAAUUAUUAUGUUUCUGAUGUUUACGGGGUAAUAGCCCAUAUUCGAUAUAUUAAAAUUCUAACAUGAUUGGUACGGUACGUACCGUAACUUUAUUUAUACCGGGUAUUUUUUUCAGGUACAUUUACAUUUAAGUAUAGAAAACUAACUACCUAACUAAACUAGAAUCUAAGAUAAAAAUUAAGGAGGCUUUAGGGUCAAAAUUGCAAAAUUUUCAUGACUCCAUUGUCUCGCAAUUUCCAGAAGAGACUUGAACACAAAGAAAACCGAACUAGAUAUAGAAAUAUGACCAGAAAGUCUCGGAGUCAUGUUGGAAUUUUUUAACAAUAUCGAAGGUGGGCUAUUAAACCGCAAAUACGGUGUAGUUGAAUGUUUAUGAACUAAGAGAAGCUUGUAAUAAUGGUAGGUGUCUUAGAAGAGGCCAAGUUCUUUGGAAUUUCAGGCAUAUUGGAACAGCUGGAAGAAAUGGCGAAGGUAUGACUAUGUUUUCUCGUGAACUUUAUGGCCCGCUACAUAUUCUGGAGCAAUCGGUGUGGUGUUUAAACGUCUGGACGCAACCUAAAUAAACUUUGUCUUAUUGUCUCCUUCGUUGUCUUUUUCUUUUUCGUUAAGCCUGAGGGCAUGCAAUCUUAGUAUGAUUCUGUAAAUUAAUGGUGAAAAUGAACUGGUCUUACGAGCUCGAAGUCGAAGAACGUAUUAUUGUUAUUGGCUUAACUUUUCACCCAAAUAAUAUAUUAUCAGGUAGACAUGGGAGAUGAGAUGGCCAACAGAGCUAAAAAAGCAGAGAGGUUUUUUCGUAUUAAAAAAGAAACAAGAAAAUAGUUUUGCAGUAUUGGAGUUCAUAUUAAGUGAAAACUAUCCGCAAUGCUGUCAGGGCCUAUAAAAGCUAUUUAAUCUGUUGCUUUUUAGGCCAUGGAUAAGUCAGAUGAUGCGCCUCUGUCAAGGAGUGAGUUCGUGAAAAUUUUGUUGUCGACGCCAUCGAACUGUGAGCUUCGUUGCCAGGUAUUAAAGUAUUCCAAACCUUUCAGGACGCAAAGUGCAUGUUCAAUGUCACUGCGCUGCGUUGUACGCAAAAUAUAACACGGUAUUUUAGUAUUUAUAUUUAUUUAUAUUUAUUUGUAUUUGUAUCUAUUCCAAUUAAUGUUAAUUUGCUUAUGGGCCUUUUACCGCGCUUUGCACCGGCUGCAAGUAUUUUGUUCGUGUUCUGAUUGGUUCGUUGCAUUGUCUGGGUCUGUUAUGAUUUUUUUUCUUCUCAGCCUCGUACCCAGGCCAGUUCGCGCUAUCCGGGUUACCAGAGGCGGCUUGGAACCUAGCGCGAAUCCUCGGCGAAUUUUCCCGACAAGUUUGACAGGUAGCUUCACAUCCGAAAUCGCCAAGGACGACUGGGAACGAAGCUACCUUUUUCUUCAUUUUCCUUCCAGUUAGCUUCAACUCACUAACUUAGCUUUUUAGCAUUAAAAUUUCACGUGAAGUUUACAUAAUACUGUACAUUUAUUGAUUUGUAGUGUGAAUUUGUUAUACUCCACAGGGGAUAAAUCUUGACUCCGCUGAUCUUUCCAAGCUCGAUCUACGUUUUAUUAACUUCAAAAUGGCGAACUUGAAAAAGACGGACCUUGCAAACGCUAACCUGUCAAACUGUUGCUUGGAACGAGCGAAUCUUUCCGGAGCUCACAUGGAUGUAAGUUUAUUCCUACAAAGUGAAUACACUCGUACACAGAAACGUAAAAGAAGAACGCUUUCCAUUUUCUUACAGUGGCCAGCUGUAGUUAGACUGCGAGCACACAUUUUUCAGUCUGACGAGUCGAGGCAUUAGGGAGCUUAAGUAACCACGACAGCGACGGCAACGAGAACGGGAAAAAAGCUAUAGGUUUAUAGAUUGCAAAACAACAACUUUUCCCGUGCAUCACGCUUUUUUGUACAUUUCUUUGCUGUCACUGCACGACAACGAUGUGAUAAUGCCUAAAUUCACUUUUGUUGGAGGUCGUGAACGUAAGACCACGACUGUCAUUUUCUUUUCCUGGACUUUGACACAGUCUCUUAGAAUUCAACCCCAGAAAAAUUUGCCAACAUUGACGAAAUGAACGAGAUGCAGUAAGCGCGAUAAAUUUGGAAACUAGGAAAGGCGGGAGGCAAGGGGCCCAUCUGUCGACCCUUCUCUUCCCGCCAACACCCCCGUUUACCUCAUUCUCUGGUUUGUAGCAUGCUCCCCGCGCUACAAUCGUCAAGAAAACUGAGCUACUACUCUAGAGCCGUUAUCGGUCAUUUUGUGAAUACUAUUCUGUUAAGAGUGACCUUCCGGCUAAUGUCCAAGUAAAGUACAUUAAAUGCGUUGAACUGCUUUUUGGACUGGCUAACCAUGAUUUCCCAUUUAAAUUUAAAUAUCAAUAGCCCUACUCUGUCAUUUUUUUAUUUGCACUCUAGGGUGCUAUUUUAAGCUGUACUCGUCUCCAGAGGGCCCAUAUGGAAGGGGCCUCUCUUAGAGGGUGUAACUUUGAAGACCCUGCUGGUACCAGAGCUCAUCUUGAAGGUAAGAGAGUGCUCUGUUUCUAAGAUAACCUCCGGCCCCCAUAUAAUGUGAACUUGAGCGCAUUGUCUCCUUUUCUUGUGAAAUGCACCACCGUUUAUUUUUACGUGUAAAGUUAGUGUUCACAUUAGCUGUAACUAUGUCUAAAUCCAGCUACCAUUCAUUAUGACUUGUUUUUUUUAGGUGUAAACUUAAAAGGUUCAGAUUUGGAAGGAAGUCAGUUAGGAAAUGUCAAUCUUCGUGUCGCCACUCUCAAGGGCGCUAAUCUACAAAACUGCAACUUACGAGGAGCGGAGUUAGCAGGCGCUGAUUUAGAAGUAAGAUUUACUGUUGCAUUCUCUUUUCUGUGUACCUCUUGGGACACCUCAGCCUAGUCCCUAGGCGUCCUCGGCUCGGUCCAUCCUGGACUCUACCGUGAGCUGUGACGUCACCGACAGAGACUAGCCAAGAACUUCUCUCGCCCGCGUCGCUCUUUCCCAGACUUUGCGCGGACAACGGGUCAAGAGAGAAAGCCUAGGGAGUAGACCGGGGUCAACUUGCUUUUGUGACAGGACCGAAUCUAUAGAAGGAGCAGUUACAAAUUGUUCCUUGCAAACUUUGCGUUAAACUAUAAAAAUGUGUAUUAUCUUUUUCAUGGCCGUCUUUUUGGUUUUUUUUUCCUGAGAUCGCAACCUACCUCUGGUCUGGUUAAGUGCGGAGUAUUAUUUGAUAAGACAUGAUAAUGUGAGAGACAGAGAUCGAACCACGUAACCUAUUGCAAGCAACGCAAUUCUAACAAAGUUGUUUCUUUGUAGCUGUAGACCUCAUUCCAAAAUGGGAUUAAUUCAUUGUUUUCAUAUCUAGUUGUAAGUUAUUUCCUUUUAUGCCGUGUAUGAAAUUUCGGCUUUCAGUUUCUGACUUCAUUUUGGUAAACCUGGGCUAAUUCAACAUAUUUUAUUGGCGCAAACGUAGCAGUAGUCUUUAUACUAAAAGCAUGUCGCACUUUGAAAAGCAAAGUAAAAUGUAUCUGUUGUUUUUUGUUCGUUGUUUUGGUCCCAGAACUGUAACUUAACUGGGUGUGAUCUCCAAGAUGCAAACCUCAGAGGCGCCAACAUUACUGGCGCUACAAUCGCAGACAUCACUGGUCCACUUCAUAUGACGGCAUUUGUCCGAAAUCAGCUUCCAGGUUCUCGCUUGAUCUCCUCGCCUCCAGACUCUUAGAGGACUUGGCUAACGCGUUGAGACAGGAAAAUGAAUCAAUUCUGGAUUAAGAGAUGCUUCUUAUCGCGCCUUCAACACAGACAAGUUUCAGAGGGCAUACAACACAGUGCAAGGCUGACGGAAAUCAGAAAUUUUCUACUUCGAAAACUUGAAGCGGGGAAUAGUCUUCGCAAAUAAAGCGUAUAAUUUGAGAAUCAGGCUCAAGAGGAAUAGCAGAACACAGAGGGUCAAGUCACAAGUUAAAAGGAAUUAGCGUGUGUUAUGGACAGUUUCUCACUCACGCUGACUCAUGGAAAUAAAGAAACUAGUGAUGUGCUUCUAAAGUAUAAUAACG